AUUGUAGUGGAAGAAGAUGAUGAUGGAUUUAAUCUCAUUCAGCCGUCGCUGAUCCAGCAGUUGAAGACCAUCCUAGAUCAGUACCCUGACGAUGGACAGAUAUUGAAGGUAACAAUUGUGGAAACAUUGUAGUGUCUGACAGUAGAGAGGCAUUCCUUUUUAAUUUCGCCUUUACCGUUUUCUGAGUAUCUUCAGAAGUUGUAAAAAAGUAACAAGGUCAACAUGACUGACUGGGUUAGAAAAGGGAAACGCGAUGAGAUCAGGGGCCCGUUUCUCGAAAGUCCCGGUAACUUUUCGAACCCGGAAAGCUGUUUUAUGUUUCCCGUGAUUGCAUUCAAGAUCAAGUUUUUUAAAAAACAAAAAUUUUGAAAAUGAAAAGUGAAACUGUCAGUUAACAAAACAAAAUUUACUGGUUUGGGGCUACGAACUGGAUACUAUUCAACAGGUUUUGAUUUUUAAAUUUGCCUUUGAACCCGAAAAUUUACCGGGCUUUUCGAGGAGUUGGCCCCUGGGAAGAUGAGGUGGCAAGGGAUGAGACAACGUGAGAUAAGACAAGAUAGGCUCAGGUUGGGAAUAGAGGAUUAAGAUAAGAAUAGCAAGAUGAGAUGGGAAGAUUCUAGUUGAGAUGCGACGAAACGCGAUGCAUGAGAUAAAGCUAGGUCAGACGGGAUGGGAAGAGACAUGCAGUGAUUUUCCUAAGAUCAGACGAGCAGAGCAAGUCUAAACGUUAUUGAUUUUCAUUGACAGCUAUUGAUAAUCAAUAGCUGACUGUGAAACAGUAAAAACCCUGGUAGGCAUUUGCUUAAACGCUGGUUAAACGUGGUCACAAACAGUACAACCGCUUCCAGGUCUGUGGAAAUUUGUACUUCCUGUUUAGUCAAGGGGUAUCACCAGUGUCCUUUUAAAGUAAAGGAAGGGGAAGUGGUAGCCUGCGAGCAAGCUCUCCUAUCUAUCAAGCGAAGUGAGCCUCGCGAGAACGCUCGAGCGAGGGGCCGCUCGCUCGCGCGCUCUCGCGAGACCUGCUUCACUCGCCCAAAUAGGCGAGCUUGCUCGCAGGCUAGGGAAGUGGUUUCCUUUUUUACGAAGAAGGUGGAACACGGUAACGCAUUCAAAGUUUGGAGUGAAAGAGCCGGGCCAGCUUCGCCAUCUUCAAGCGGAUCUUGUCAGCCCACUUUGGCCACAUCAAGUUGAUAUUUCUGCAUAAGUACAGUAAGCCGAGAAGUAAAACAGUCUCUAGAAUAAUUUAAACAAAUCACGCUACAGCCGGGCUACAUUAAUUUCGAUUUCCAUUCUAUGUUUUUAUCCCUGGUCUUAUUCCGGGUUCUCUUUUUGGAUUUAUUUCCCGGGGUUUAUAGGACUUAUAGCACAUUUUAGUUCUCAAUAAAAAUCAAUAAAAUCAAUUUAAAUCAAUAAAAAUCAAUGAAAAUCGAUUCGGAAAAUCACUCGAGACUGCGGCUUUGAUUUUUAUUGAUUUUCAAUAUCAAUCAAUUAACCACUGUUGAUUUGUAUUGACUAUUAUUGAUGCUAUUGAUUAUUGAUUUUGAUUGAAUCGUACCGUCUGGGAUUAAUUAAUCUGUAAGAGAUAAGAUGAAAUUAGCGAGAUGCCAUAACCUAAAGUUCAUAGUCUGUAUAGAGUAUGGGUGAGUUAUAGAUUAGUUUAAAGGUGCUUCUGUUUAAAUAUGCGUGUGUUUAAUUAGGAACUCAUCCAAAAUGCUGAGGAUGCAGGAGCAACUAAAGUAAAAUUCCUCCAUGACCUACACAAUUAUGGAACGGAGAAACUACAUAGCCAAGGACUUGCACAGUUUCAGGUAAUCUGCCAAUGUUGUCUUAAUCUCUCAGAAGGGAUGAUCUUGUGCUACUUUAUAAUCUUUCUUGUUUCACUCCUUCUGUAAGAAUUAUCUUUAUCUGGUGGUUUGCUUGAUUAUUCUUCUCCCCUCCCCUUUACCAGCUUUUAACAGUCCGUCCCUUGCCGAAGAAUUUAUUACCCCAAGUGACAAAGUCACAGAUCAGUAUCGUCUACAAAAUGUCUUCCGGCAUUAUGAUGCAUAAUUGAUGAAAACAUCAACCUUAAAAAACCUGACAGCCGUUCUUUUUUGCACAUUUUACCUGGUAUUGUGUUCUCAUUCCAUUUAGUGAGCAGUUCCUUGUGGCUGGAUAUGACUAUGACUAAAUUGUGCGAGAAUGCUGUGAGUCAGAUCUGAGCACGCCGCCCAAAAGACUGGCAACUCUUAGCCAUAUCUGUGAUAUGGGCCCACUCUCCUAUUCGGCCAUAUGAAAGAACUCCUCAUGUAAAAACGUCGGCCCGAGGCGGUGGUUUUCUAGGCAUGGCGUUUCCUUGUUUUAUUUGCUCGAAUUUGAUUUACAAGGUGUUAGAAAUUUGGGCAGAGAGGUCUGAAAUAGUUCCUUAACGUAACUUUCUUUUCAUUUUUCGUAAGGUAAUGUCUUGAGCUUCGUUUCGUUAAAAACAGUUUCGCAUCCGAAAAAUGUUAUGCUGACCAAAUGGCACCGACCAUAAAACUCAACAACGCCGAGUUCACCAAAGAGGACUGGAAAGGUAUCAGGAUGCUCUGUGACAGUAUAAAAGUCAAAGAUCCGAUGAAAGUUGGUCGGUUUGGCCUCGGUUUCAAAUCGGUGUUUCACGUCACAGGUGGGAUAACUAUUAUACCUCAACUGAUAAUGUUGUAAUUAAAGCAGGCAAAAGUGGAAUGAAUUAUUACUUUACUUCUGCCAAAGUUCAUUACUGUUUAUUACUCCAUUGACCAAAGCACUAUUACUUAGUAUUAAAAAUCGGUCUCAAAGAGGUUAUCCUAUCGCCCACAAAGGUGACAAGACUCUCUCAGUUUAACGACACUAGCUUUUGAAGCAAACCACCCGAAGGCUUGGCAUUUUGGCGGCACAUUAAAAAAAUGAGGGGAGGCAGGAGGGGGGUGGGGGGCAUUUUUUACGGCCGAUUGAAUAAACCUUAUCUCGUUUAUUUCUUAUUCACUUGAAAUGUAAAAAAUAAGCUUUUUUCUAUUCUCACUUGGUGACAAAUUUACGACCGUAAUCUUGAGUUUUCAAUUCUUCUGAAUCAAUCAACGUUUAGACCAAACAUCAAAUCAAUGGCUAAAGCUCACAACUGUCUGAAUUUUUGGACAAAAUACCCCGGCGUUAGAAUCAUUCGUUCUCUGUGUUUAAAAUAAUAUGCUCUUUCGUAUGUUUUGGUUUCCCCCACCGUCUUGUAACACCCUGACAUUUUUUUUCGUAGCAUCUAACCUGGACGCAAUCCACGCACUAAGAUGUAUGGAACGUUGCAGUAGCAGCUUUGUAAUUUCACGCGUGAAAUAAAUUCACACCCUCACGACUUAAAUUUCGCGCCCAAAUAAAGAAGUAAUUUUUCAUCCAUGACAUUACACCCUUAACAUUUUACUUCACUUUUCUCUUCCUUUUUCAUUUCUUAGAUCUACCGAGUAUAUUUAGCGGUUCACAGAUAGGUGUUAUAGACCCCCACGAGGAGUUCUUUACUGAAGGAAGAAAUCGACGAACAGGUCACAGCUGGAAAAUAAUUAACGAUCGUCACGUUAUGGAAAAAAUACCAGACCAGUUUGCUCCUUACAAAGGAAUCUUUGAAUGUACAGAUGAUGUCUUCUCCAGAGGCUGGUACAACGGUACUCUAUUUCGCUUUCCACUACGACACCGACCCUCUGAACUUUCUCAGACUCUCUACUCCGCUGAAAAGGUGCACACAUUAUUUGAAGGAUUCAUGGCUGACGCACACUUGAUCCUCCUUUUCUUGCAACAUCUGGAAUCUAUCGAGCUGUACGUCCGUGGUGAGUACGACGAUAAACCAAGAAAAACGUUUCAAGUUCAAAUCACGGAUGAAAGCCUUCAUCUGGUACGAGAAAAGAGGAAGGAGUUUCACAACAAGAUCUCCACUGGCAGUCUGUUGCCCCAUGCUGUCCAAGUAACCUACCCGAUCACGGUUGAGACUGUACACUUUUCUCAAGGCUCAGAAACCACCAGACAGAGUCAUUCGUUUCUCGUAACCAACUACUUUUGUGGCGAGGAGAUAUCGUGUGAAUUUCAAACCCUGGCUAAAGAUCAAAGCCUCAGUUACUUACCCUUAGUUGGUGUUGCCAUGGCAUUACCAGCAAGCCUUCGCGAACGUACUCCAAAGAUUCAAGGUCACGUGUUUUGUUUCCUACCGUUACCAGUACAAAGGACAAGCCUUACAGGUUUGCCGGUUCAUGUGAAUGGCUUCUUUGCUUUGAGUCAGAACAGACGUUAUAUCAAAUCUCCAAACGCGGAACAGGAAGAUCAGGAGCUAACUGACAAGUCCCUCCUAUGGAAUAGGUGUCUCUUGGAAGAGGCUCUACCCAGGGCAUAUGCAGCGAUGCUGCUAGAAGCAAUCAACGAGAAGAGCUACAAUAUACAAGAAGAGACCGUUUACAGGUAAGAUUUAAAUGUCUCCAUGAAAGAAGAUAUUUCAGUUAAUGUAUGGCGUAAAAGAUUACAUGAUGCAAAGAAAUUGGUAUUACUGUAGAUAGUUCUCCUUAUUUGUAUGCCUCAUUCUCGUUGGAAUAUAGAAUAUAUUUUUUUCUUCGAUUGCCUCGGCUCUUAGAGUCUAAUUUUUGGAAUGUAAGACCUUUUUUGGCCUCCCAUGCAGCGAAAUAGACUGGUCUUCUUCAACACGUCCUGAAAUUCAGGGUUUGACCAGGUUUGUAUCACAGUGAUUCGACAUUAGCAAAAACGUUUGCUCUCAAUAUUGACAUAUGGUUGUAGUUUUUGGUAAAAAUGGUGCAUCAACUAAUUACACUUUCUGAAUGCUAUAUUCUGUAGGGCUUGGCCUAAUAUCGACGCCAUCGACCAGAAAUGGAAGAGAUUGCAGAAUCCCUUACUCGAGAUCUUGUGCGCUGCAAAUGUCAUAUACACUAAGGGUAGUGGAGGAAAGUGGCUUAAAGUGGAAGACGCUAUCUUAGACAGACUUGAUGAACAUCAGCCCAAGGAGUUGCUCGUCAGCGUGUUGCUGGAAGCACAUCAAAAUGUCGCUACCUUGCCUGACUACGUGUUAAAGGCAUUUACCGCGGUCCGCAAUAAACCAGUCGUCAAAGAGAUUACUCCCAUGUUGGUGAGGCAAUUCCUCAAGGAAAGUCCUUCUAGCUACAGGAACCUUGGGCGAAUGCAAAAGUUGAACCUUCUAGCGUUCAUUCUAAACUGCAUAGACGAGAACUUCGAAGACCUAAUUGGACUGGAGCUGCUGCCCGUAUCCAGUGGUGCCUUCAAAUGCUUUGCAUCCCCCUCAAUUUGUGACGAAGCAGUGUACGUCUGCUCACCCGAUCAUCCAAGAAAAAUGUUUCCUUGUCUAGACCAUCAGUUUCUGGAUCAAAACCUGGACCAAAAUCUUUUGGGAAUGAUGGAGAAAGUUGCAAAGAAAGGUAUGAACGAUGCGAAAAUGUUGUGAAAUUUGUCUACAGCUGUUUCAAAACUUCAGCCAAGAUAAUCUCAAAGUUAUUCUAUCGUUCUGGGACUGAACAUUAUAUUUCAAACUGCCCCACUCAGUGCUGUAAGCAAUAGUCGUGCUGUUACACUUUCAUUUGAACAUUAUUAAAGAACAUAACAUAUUUUUAUCAAAUAAAGGGGAUAGAAAAAAAACUAUAACAACUGACGCAUGGCAGUGUUAAUCUGUUACCAGAAACCCUAUUCUUUUAACAUGGAUAUCGAAUUCUCAGAAAAGUGCAUUGUUUUCCGGACUCUAUGCUAGGUGAGAUUAUUCGUUGCCUAAGAUCUACCAGGGAAAACAUCCAAUGCUGACGUCAUUGCCUGUCAAAAAAUAAGCUAGACAGAAUCUCGUCGGGCGACCAUUCGCGCGAUAAACUCGCCCUUAUAUCUUACAUCGCAUUUGAAAUGUGCACAACUGCGAGGAUCAUUCUUCAUUUGAUUUCAUGCAAAGCAUUGAUAAAACGUUUUAAAUGUUCUGUGCAUGUUACGUGGGGGCGAAAGUAACAACUGAUUACUUUUUCUACUGUUUAAAUAGGAUGUACCCAGCUGAAGUUUGUCCGGCAAGAUGACGUGGUUUCCCUUCUCUUAAAAUCGUUGCCACCAGAGUGGUCACAAGGUGAAACAGUUUUCUGGUAUCAUGGAUCGGAUUCCUGCAACCAUCCAGGAUUAGAGUGGCUUGAGCUGGUAUGGAAUUACUUAAGGACGAACUUCGCCACGAACGAUGGGCUCCGCGGGUUCUUAGGUCUCCCCUUGAUUCCCCAUGACAUGUCACAAGUACCAAUCAGCCUUGUUAGACUUCAACAGCCUUCUAAGAUAGUUGUGAAAGGUCUCCACGAUGAGUUUCUCGAUGAAACGCUGAUUCAAUCUUUGAAAGAUCUUGGCCUUGCUGUCAUUCAACAGUGUCCAUCUUACCUAACCCUUCACCCUGCUGUCGUCAAUGCAUUUAUUUACCCGCCAUCACCACAUGGUGUCUUGAAGGCGCUGUCAGCUUGUUCAUCGGUUCUAGGAUCAAACAAACAUUCAUUGACAGACGAAGGCAAACGCUCCUUAAGGAAGUUCUUUUCAAAGGAAUCGUCGCUAGAACCCCAAGCAAAGCAGCUUCUCCGCAGCCUUCCGUUGUUUGAGACGCUAAACAAAUCUUUUGUUUCUGGGGAGGAGGAUCUUUGUGCAGCACCACCAGAAGGUUCUUAUCCUGUAACUCCUCGUAGGGAUCUCAUUGACGUCGCACAUGAUGACUCGAAGAGCUUGGCGCAUCUGCUAGACAUCAGAUGCUUAUCACCGACAGAGUUUUUUCUCGAUGUUGUAUUUCCUGAUGUCAGAGGAGGGAAUUAUUCUAACGGAGAGAUCGACAGGAUUAUGGGAUUCGUUAUGGAGCGGUUUCAAGUUUACGCCAGUGAAGAUGCUCGAUUUGAAGAAGCGCUUGCAAAUUUGCCAUUUGUACCGAGUGAAAGUAGACGGGAAAGAGCUAUGGACCUGUUCGAUCCCGGGAUUGAGUUGUUAAAACGAAUGCUGGCCGAAGAAGAUGUUUUUCCAGUUGGUGAACAGUAUACAAAUCCCACAGCCCUCGUGGUUCUAAAGAAACUUGGUAUGAAGAGCGAAAAACAAAUUUGCGCAGAAGAUCUGUACCGUAGUGCCAAAAAGAUCUCUCAAAUGUCAAAUUUGGAGAAAGCAAAGCAAAAAUCUGAAACCAUAUUCUCAUAUUUAGACAGUUACUCAACGAAGCUUCAACAAACUGUUUCAGGGGUUACGUUGGCACAACUUUUGAAAUACGUUCCAUGGGUAUCCGAGGUGAAAGAGAGGCCCUUCGGCGUUCCUGCUAGCCUUUACUCGGCUGACAAAACUAGCAAAUCCCCCUUUUAUAAACCCACGGAAGUUACAUGCGAAGAUAAAGUUAAUCUCAUCGGAACAGUGAAGCCCAUUGUAAGAGUAGAUUCUUCAAGGCAAUUGGCAAAAUGUUUCGGCUGGGACAAGAUGCCAGAUUCAUUGGACGUGGUGCAACAUUUGAAAACCGUGGUCACUCACUAUACUCCGGACGAAAAGCAAUAUUACAUUUCAAUUGUCAAGGACAUCUACGCAUAUCUAAAUCAGGUCGCAGAUCCCGAAGUUAUCAAGGAAGCUUUGCAUGGAAUUGAAAACUCGAGCUGGAUUUGGAAUGGAGAUGGUUUUUGUUCUCCUGAUGUUGUUCUUGCUAAAAGGCCUCCAGUUGAUCUUACUCCGUACAUUUGUUCGCUUCCCUCAGAGGUGAUGCAGUUUUCAAACUUUUUUUCAAAGUUUGGAAUGAGAGAACACUGCGAUGCUCUGUUUUUUGUACGUGUUCUUCACCUGAUGAAACAGAAGUAUGAAUCUGGACACGAUUAUCCAAACACAGAGGUGAAAAGAGAUUUGCAGUUAUCUGCAGACAUCUUGAACGAGAUUAAGCCAAAAGAUGGAGAACAACUACCUACAGAAAUUCAAGAAAAAGUACUUAUUCCAACGCACGUAGAAGGAGAUUCCUACCUGAGGCUUGCACCAGUUAAUGAUUGCAUGUACAGUGACCAUGAGUGGCUAGAAGAUGGAACACCUGCUGAAGAAGAAAGGGAUUGCUUUUUUGUGCAUCCAAACAUCCCACAUAGUACUGCGGAACUUUUACAGGUUCGCACGCGUAGAAAUCAAUUGCUAGAAGCUGAUGAGAUAGGAGAUGAAUUUGGUCAGGAGGAAAAACUCACUCGCAGAUUAAACAGACUUUUGGAGGAAUACACAGAUGGCUUCUCUGUGCCAAAGGAACUAAUUCAGAACGCAGACGAUGCUGGUGCCACUGAGGUCAGAUUUCUUUACGAUGAAAGAACUAACGAAGAUGCUAUGACCUGUCUGAUUGACGAAGGAAUGAAGGAAUGUCAAGGUCCUGCUUUGUGGGUUUACAACGACGCUGAGUUUAGGAAUGAGGAUUUUGAAAACAUUGUUAAACUUAAUGGUGGCACCAAAGAACAAGAAAAUGAAAAAAUUGGAAAGUUUGGUCUUGGCUUUAACACAGUCUACAACCUGACAGACGUUCCUAUGUUUCUUAGCAGAAACUAUUUUGUAAUUUUUGAUCCCAACACCUUUUAUCUUGGAAAAGCCGUCAGAAAAAAAAGCAAGCCAGGAAUAAAAAUAGACGUCAACAAGAACCCGGAGAAAAAGCGAAAGUUUAGGAACCAAUUUAAACCUUUCAAUGGCAUCUUUGGUUGCGAUCUUCAUCUGAACAAACCUGACAACUCAUUCCCAGGAACCCUUUUUCGAUUCCCUUUGAGAACCAAGGAACAAGCCAUAAGAAGUGAGAUUAAAGCCGUUCAUUACGACAACGACCAAAUGAGAGAGCUAUUAGAUAUUUUCGUGCGUGGAGCCAAACAUUUGCUCUUAUUUACGCAAAAUGUCUGUCAGCUAAGUAUAUUCCAUCUGCCUAGAGAAUCAACGGAAGAGACACAACCUAAGCUGAUGUUUCAGGUUACCAAGUCAUUAUCAAAAAUAGGAAUCAUUAGAGAGUUGACCGUACCCCUCGUCCUCUCACGACAUUUAAGGAAUGUUAGUACGGAUGUUCUGCACCUCAUAAAACAGUGCAACGUUCUACGAGCAUCAUCAGAAGUUGCAAAGCAUGCUGGGGGUGUCAAGGAAAACAAUGACAGUUUACUGAAGUCAGCCUAUACAGUCGACAUAACAAGCAACGUUGCCGAAUGUGGACGCUCCUUUUUCGAGGACAAAAGCGAAAUAAAAAGUGUAUCUGAAGUUUGGUGUGUUGCAUCGUCAAUGGGCCGAGGCCAAGCAUUUAAAUUUUCAGUGAAUGAUAAAAGCCUCCUUCCCGCAGCUGCAGUGGCUGUGCAGUUGAUACCUCAAGAGAGAGAGACGUUUGUACCAGCACCUGCUGGCGGUAUAGCUGCUGGAGGUAAACCGCAUCACAAUGGAACAGUGUUUUGCUACCUUCCACUUCCAAUUCACAGUGGUCUACCUGUGCAUAUAAAUGGAGCAUUCGCAGUAGAUUCGAGCAGACGCCAUUUGAAGGAGAAGACCGAGGAUGACAAAACCUGCGUUGGGGUUGAGUGGAACAACGUUCUUUUGAAGGAUUGCGUUUGUGCGGCCUAUCUAGACCUUCUGGAAGACAUGAAGGCAGCUGCCACUAUGUACUCUUUUCACUCUUUGUGGCCUAGGGAGCGUGACGUAGCACUAUGUUGUGAGCCCCUUGCCCGUUCAUUCUAUGAAAAAGUUGCCAGUGGAGGUUUUUGCCUUUUUUCAGACGGAAAAAGAUGGGUGGAAAUCAACCAAGUGGUCUUUCUGGAGCCAAACUUUCGUCAUGAUCAACGUGUUGGAGACAUAUCGUUUGCAGUACUACAGAUGCUGGUCAACGAAAAUAAAGUAGUCAUUGACCUUCCAGUGGAUGUGUUCAAAUCAUUCGUGAAGUACGGUCUCGAGGAAAAGAUCCAGGCUAAAACCUUCGACAAGAGUAGGUUUUUCACUGAACUGUUUUUCCCAAACAUUCAUUCUGUACCGACCGAAAUGCGUGACGAAUUGAUCUUGUUUGCAUUGGAUGAUUCACAGGGAGAAUUUGAUGAAUCAAUUAAAGCCUAUGCCUGUAUUCCAGUUUCACCCACUGGUACAACUCUUAAACGCCCUUCCGAGCUUGUUAACCCAAAGAAGGCAGCAGCUUCGCUUUUUCUUGAUAGAGAUGAAAGGUUUCCGUCAGGGACUACCAAAACCUUUCUCGAUUCUGUACGACUUGCUAAACUUGAACAGCUUGGAAUGGUGGGAGAUGACCCCCCUUGGAAUUUACUUGAAGAAAGAGCAGCCAGUGUCAGUAUCUUAAACGAGGAAAGUAGUAAAGCAGCUCUAGAGCGCGCUAAAGCUUUGAAAAAUCUCUUAGAAAGAAAGCUUUACCUUGGCACUAAAGACAAAGUCCCAGAAGAAAUCCAUAAAAAUCUUUUGCAAAUCAAAUUUCUUCCAGCUGCCACAAAACCAGAAGGCUUUCCUCUUUUCUGGAAAGGAGUCAAUUUGCGCCCUGAGAAAGGAGCACAAUUGGUGUCAGCUAAGGAAGGUUAUCUCCAAAGCAUGAAGUAUCUUGUCUGCUGUUCUGAACCAAUUAUAGACCUCUAUGUUCCUUCAAACGUUGAAAAGUUCUUACAGUUGGACAAAAAUGUCACUCUUCAGCACAUAGUUACCCAACUCGACUUCGCCUCCAGAACAGAGUUCAGCUUGAAUUCAGUCCAAUUUGAAACAGUAAAAUUAGUCUGUUUAGAAGCUUACAAGAACCUGCAGGCAGCGUUAAAUGAGGAACAAAUCGACGACAAUCAAGUGAAAAGUAUUUUUCAAGAUAAAAAAUUCAUUCUUGCCGGAAGAGAAUUUGUUGAUACAAAACAUGUUGCUUUCGAAUUACCUGUCGACUGCUGUCCGUACCUCUAUAAGCUGCGUGACGACCUCGCAAAACCAUUUGGUAGCCUGAUGAAGAGCGCUGGGGUGAAAGAGGUCUAUGAGGCCAGCGACUUCGUCACUUCUUUGGAAGAAAUGAAAAGAAAGUUUGAAGACACAGCACUAAAGGGGAAAAAUCUUCAAGUUGCCGUACAUCUGGCUUGUCAACUGGGUGAGUGCCUUACAGAUUGUGAUGCAGCUGAUGGCAAGCGACAAACAAUUUAUAUUCCUGACUCUCAAGGUAUAAUGCAACCUGCGAGUAAACUUUGCAUUCAAGACUGUCUCUGGAUUUCUGAUGAAAAUGAUGUUUACUAUGCGAACAACAUGAUUCCCCAUCCCAUAUGUCUUACAUUGGGGGUAAAAACACGCCGAGCAGAAGCACUUAGCCGCUUUGCAUUUGGGAUUCCGUUUGGACAAAAGGAAAAGCUGACAAAUCGAUUACAGCGCCUACUUCAAGCCUACCCAUGUGAAAAAGAAAUUUUGAAAGAACUUCUACAGAAUGCUGAUGAUGCAGAGGCAACAGAGAUCUGUUUUAUUAAAGAUCCAAGACAACAUCCAGAUGAACGUAUUUUUGAAGAGUCAUGGAAACCACUUCAGGGUCCUGCAUUAUGCGUGUACAAUAACAAGCCAUUCACUGAAGCGGAUAUCAAAGGAAUACAGAAUCUUGGGGAAGGAAGCAAAGGAGAUGACCCCAAUAAAACGGGGCAGUACGGCGUGGGCUUCAACGCUGUUUACCACUUGACUGACGUCCCUACAUUUGCCUCAAGUGGUGACGAGAUUGGAGAUGUUUUGUGUGCUUUUGAUCCAAAUUGCACUUACGUACCAGGAGCAAAUCCAUGGGAACCAGGAAGAAUGUUCAAGAAAACAACAAAGCUAAGGGGCAACUUCCCAGAUGUUUUUUCCUGCUAUAAUGACGAUCAUUUCCCCUUACGAGACUCUACUAUGUUUCGGUUUCCACUAAGAACUGAGGAGAUGGCAAGCCGUUCUAAAAUAUCUGACCGUCCUGUAACACUUGAAAAAUUGACAGAAAUGAUGGAAUCAUUAAAAGGAGAGCUUUUUGAAGUUCUCUUGUUUGUUAACAAUGUUAGAAAGAUCACUUUGUGUGACAUCGACGAAAGUGGACAAGUGGUGAAUUCGUACUUUGUCAAAGCUGAAAUAUCAGAGGAGGAUUCACUGGUAAGACAGUCUUUUUCUACUUACGUGAAAGAUAUUGGAAGGUCAUUGAAGCAAAGUGGAAACGAGUCGCCUAUAGAAGCCGCAGUAAAAACUUGCUCCUAUUUUCUUAACCUAGAGGAUAGUAGCGGCAACAAGGAAAGGUGGCUAAUUGUUCAGCAGAUCGGUUUUGAAAGCGAAGUAAAUGAGAGCAUCAUCGAUGCUUACCAAAAGCAUGAUCUUGGUAUGCUUCCUCGAGGUGGUGUAGCUUGUUUGUUGCAACGCACAUCCGUUGAAAAUGACCCAGUGGAAAGAAAGAAGAAGGUGUACUGCUUCCUUCCGCUCCCUAUCGAAACGGAUCUUCCAGUGCAUAUUAAUGGUCACUUUGCAUUAGACCACGAGGCAAGAACAAACUUCUGGAGAAAUGAAAGUGGCGGCUACAAACGUGACUGGAACAAUGUCUUGAUGAGUGAUGUCAUAGCUUCAUGUUAUCUCACACUUCUCGACAAAGUGAGGAGCUUUUAUCACCUGCCAGUUACGCAUACCUUCGAAGAAGUUACCCUCAGCUGUAGUAAAGACUGCUUGGCAGCUAAUGUAGAAAUCUUUGAGAGGCUGUUUCCCUCUAUGGCUCAAGGCAAUCCGUAUCUGACCACUUUGGUUAGAUCUGUCUACCAGGAAAUGGACCGCAAGUGUUUACGAUUUCUUCCAGUGUUGCGUGAUAACACUUCAGAGGACUCUACUCCCACUUGCCAGCUCGCCUGGCUGCCUCUAACUGGGAAUGGGAAGGACAAAGCGUUCUUUAACUGUCUGGGGGAAAACGAUUGUUUCAGUGCUUUUCAAACACGAAGAUUCAGUGACAGUGAGAACGAAAUAGAGCGUUUAAACGCGAAAAGGGCUUUAUUUGAGCAAAUUCUGCUUCAAACUGGGUUUAAUCUGGUAGCUUUUUCUUUGUCAGUAUUCAAGGAGGCACAAGAAUCAGGUGUACACCCUCACUGUGUUUCCCCUUCUGCUGUAAUGGAGUUUUACAAGUCUUACAGUGGUGAGAUACCUCUGUGCAAAGUUGGAUCACUACAUGUUGAUGUCAGGGAUACCCCAUUCAAGAAUGUUGAGACUGUGGCAACAAUACUUACCUAUUGUAAAGAGAGCGAAAAGUUUCUGGAACAGCUACCUGGUCUACCAUUACUUGUCACACAAGAUAAUCAUCUGCACACCUUUAGCACUAUUGAUCCCAAGUUUCUUUCCCGUCAUCACGAGAUCCUUCCACAGUGUAAAGAAAUUUUUGUCCAUGACCAUGUUAGGGCAAAUAUCUUUUGGAAAGCGGAGAGUCUAAAAGCAUCAGUUUUUAAACGUUUUGAUGUUAACAGCUUCGCAGCCAACUUACAUCGAACGUUACCGCAAGAGUAUAUUAACAGUGGGAAAUACGUGGAAUGGAAUCCAAAGCAAACUAUAGAGCCAAAUGUUGACUGGCUUUACAGAGUGUGGAAAUUCCUAGCCGAAGAGAUAGACGAUGCCCUCAGUGAGUGGAAAAGAAAGCAAAUAGAGAUGUCAGAAAACAACCAGGCAGUUAACAAGAGCGUGGGGUUACAGCCACUCAGUAAAGAGAAAGAAACCCACAUGAUUAGAACAGUUCUCAAACCUUUGGCUGAGUGGUGUAUUCUCCCAUGCACAGAAACGGUAUCUAGACCAAGAGAAAUAAGUCCGUCUGGAGUGCAAGUGAAACAAUACUUGCUACCCUUGAGUCUGUCUGAAUCUGUACUUCAUUUACCGUCCCUUGAUACCACUAAUAGGGAAAUUGUGGAAAUAUUACGUUUGCUCAGUUUGCCUGAAUUAAAUGGUCCUGUAUUGCUAUCAACAACAGCUUCAUACACACUAACAAAUUCCUAUCGAUAUGCUUGUCGGUUAGUGGCUUCGAUUAAUUCACCAAAACUAAUCCUUAAAGCACUAAACGCGAAGAUGACUAGAAACCCGUACUCUCUUCGUGGAAAGUUGAAAGCAUCUGAGUGCCGCACCAUUUUGCAGUAUUUCAGCAAAAAUGUGAAAGACCUGUCAGAAGACGAUAAGAGACCGUUGAGAAGACUUCCCUUUUACCAAGCCAUACAUGGUGGAUUCUUGAGUAUAGAUGGCCACAGCGUCUGUGUAGUUCCUAUAGACAUUCCUGGGAAAGGAAUGGAAGUUUUAGAAAGUAUGAGUGAUGUCGUAUUUCUGACGUGCUGGUCUGGCCUUUCUGAGUUGCAAACAUUUCUGGAGUUUGAAUCCGCCUCAUCGGUUGAUAUGUAUUGCAAAUUCAUUUUGAAGUUCUUUCAUUUCUUCUGCAGUGAAGCAAGGCUAGUUCAUCUUAAGCACAUCCGUGACAGCAUUUUGACCCAAAUAUUUGCUAAGGAAGAUGACCAGCAGCGAUUGUUGUCUUGUCUAGAGACUACAAGUAUCAUUCCUUGUAGCGACGGCACCUUAGUGAGGGCAUCCUCUUAUUAUGAUCCAAUGCACAGGGUGUUUAAAGCUUUGCUUUCAGAUGACAUGUUUCCGCCAGAACCCUUUAACAGUACUGAAUGGCUGCCAUUUUUGAGAAGUAUCGGACUGAUUCACGAAAUUUCUCAAGAUAUCUUCAAGAUGUUUGCUCUGAAAAUCGCAAACGAAGCCGUUACGCAGCCCACGGAGACUACUGAGAACAAGUCAAAGGUCCUCGUUGCACACCUGUUCGGGAGGAACAAUGUUGUAGAAGAAGGCCUUCUCCAAGCUAUUUCUGAUAUUAAAUUUGUCCCUUCAGACCCUGUCAAGCCAAAUCUUCGAGCAAUACAUCGGCCGUACGGUGAACGAAAUGACGGUAAGGCAACUUACAUUUCUUUCCGCGGUUCUGUACUAGCAAAGCAUGCCAAAAUAGCUUGGACAACGGCUGCUCUUCUUCCUCAAUGGGCAAAUCCGAAGGAAUAUCAGUAUCUGAUGCAUGCACCUGAUUGGAAGAAUACGAAUCACUACUGCAACGCAGCGAUGGCAAAGCUAGGAAUUUUGCCGGAGCCAACCGUGGAGCUUGUUACAUCCCACUGCAAAAUUGUGUCGAUCCGCUUGGAAAAAGAAAGUGACAGAGACCUGCCUGCGGAUCAGAUGACUACAAGAAUGUCAGUCAUGACGAAUAUCUAUAGAUUCUUGGAAGCUAAGGCUACCUCGGGUCCUUUCGCAAAAAAUCAACUGACGCACAUACCUUGUAUUUUAGUGGAAGAAGGCAGGCGUCUCGUAAGAGUUGACCAAAUAGUUAUUGAACUAAACAAGGAAUAUGAGAUUCAGCCAUACCUCUAUAGAGUACCAGCGGAGCUUUUUCAGUUCAAGGAUUUGUUUCAGUAUUUGGGCUGUGCCUCUGUAGCAAAUGUAUCUCACUUCGCUAUGGUCUUAGAUAAGCUUAAACAGAAAUGUAAGGAGAAACAACUAGAUCCCAAUGAGAAAAUUUGCGCUUUAACAGCUGAAAGAGGUAUUUUUGAAGUACUACAAGAUCAUUCGGAAGAAGGCCAAAAGCUGUCCUCACUUUACCUGCCAGCCACACGUCCAUUUAUUGACAAAGAUGAUGGUCCUUCGCCGCCUGUCGUGUUGCAAGAAUCAGCGGAGCUUCUCUUUGAUGAUGCCCCGUUUUACCGUGAACGCAUUAAAGGGUUUGAUCAGCUCUUCCUGGUGGACCUUUCAAAGGCCAAGGUGCGUUGUAAACAGGGUUCCAAUUACGAGGAUCUAGUCAUGCUCCUUCCUCAGGCUUUACGGCCUCAAAUGCUGUCCACUGUCGUCAUAGAGAAGUUUACUGAUUCCUCUGAAAAUGGCGAUAGAUUCGAUCUUGGCGCAGCCGUUUUGCUAAAAAGGUCACUUCAUUCACCGCAAUUCUGUCGUGGUAUUAUCAGACUUAUUCGUCACGCAAGCCGCGAAUAUGAGGAAAAGGUAGAUGAGAGUGUCGUUGCCACUAUCAAAAACAGAUUGCAAAGUAUCGAGGUUCAUGGAAUGAGUAAAAUUGUUACUCAGCUACUCUACAAAGGAAUUACAAUUCCAGGAAGCGAGAUCGAAAAGCCAUACUUUUUGGAAAAGGUUAGCAUGUCCAGUGAAGAGAUUUGGAAUGUAUAUGUCAAUGCUGUAGACGAUGCACAGAAAACGUCAUCGGCAAUAGCUCUGAAUUUAGCCAAUGUGAUAUCUAAAGCGUGUAAGCGACUCCUGAGGGACGCGGCUAUGUUCAUUCCUUUGAUGUUGCAAAGCCAACCAGAAGAGAUUUCCUCUUUUCUGGACAUGAUGAAGAUACACCAAGAUGAUUCUUAUGAUGGGGAGGAAGGACAAAUCUUACCACCACCAGGUAGUUUUAUUCCAAUUGCCGAACAACACCUUCUCAAUGCAGCCUUUUCAUAUUUCAAACCUGGUGAAUACGUUGGAUACGAAGUAGACGAUCCAAGUCUAAAACUUGAAGAUGGAGAUGCAACUUACAUUUAUGCUGUGAUAAUCGAGGAAGUUUCAAAUCCGGACACCAGUCUCAUUACGAAGUCUUACAAGAUCAACAUUGGAAACGAAAAAUCACCUAAAGUUGUCCUAGCAACUGAGUUGUACAAAUUCUACCGUUUUCAAGAGAUAGUAUCGGCUGCACUCAUUUCAUCAGGUCAUCAAGGGACAAAUACGGAUAGCAAACAUGAAAUAUUUGAAGAGAUCACAAAAACACUAGAAGAGGCUUGGGGGCUUUCAGAAGACAGAAGAAGACAAGUUGUCAAGCGACUAUUUCUAUUAUGGCACCCGGACAAAAACCCAGGAAAUGAGGAAUUCUGUACUGAGGUUUUUCAGCACAUAAAGAACGAAAUUGAACGUUUGGAGAGGGAAGGUUGGGGUAGAAGUGAACGCGAAAGAAGCGAGAGUUACCAUCACGGUGGUUCGUAUGGUGCUUUCUUUGGGUUUUGGGGGACACGUGCAAGAGAGUACAGUUCUCGGCGCCGAGAGUACCAAGAAACAUACCAUCGACAUUACGGAACAUGGGGACACGGAACGCGAACCUGGGAAGUUCCUCCUAGCUUCAGUGAAACGAAUCCUCAACCAGGACAGGCGAGGCGCUGGUUUAGACAGGCUGAAGCUGACCUCAACGCCGUUGUGAACGACGUUCAUACUGGUAAUGGGUCUUACGAAUGGGCCUGCUUUAAAUGCCAUCAGGUAUGA